AUGGCGGCCAACCCUGGAAGAAUGGCCGAGGGGCCUUAUGCUUCGAUGAUGUCAGUGCCAGAAGAUAAGUUUUCAUCGUUUAGAAACCAUGCUAGACUGAUGAAUGGCAAUGAUUCACUACCUCAUCAAGGAGGUCCAGGUCCAAAUUAUGAUUCACCAUCACAGCAAAUGAGACGGGGUCCUCAAUAUCAUCCACAGCAUCGUCAGUUCCCAGCACCAGGAGGUCCAAAUAAUUUCUAUAAUAGUCAGCAACAAAGACAAAAACAUAGGGAUCCAGCUAAUAACUUCCAAGGGCAACAGCACCGUGGAGGUCCACCAAAUAAUGCAUAUCAAGGGCAAAAACAGCGCAAUGAUCCAAACAAUGCACAACAACAGUACGGGGGUCCAAAUAAUUCUUUUCAAGGACAAAACCAGCAGGGCAGAAGAGCUCCAAAUUAUAGUGAUCAUCAAGACUAUCCUCCAAAUCAAGACAACUGUUCAGAAAAUGGGUACCAGAGAGGGUAUCGUCCUCAAAUGAAUGCUCGGUCUUCUCAACCACAGGCCCCAGUUUUCGAAGAAUCGUAUCAAGAAUUCAAACAAAGAAGGGUCAUGGAAAGACAAAAAAGACAAAAUAAUUAUAACAAUAAUGCUUAUGGAUCUAAUUAUGAUGCCGAUGAUUUAAAUGCUGUGAAGGAUACUAAUGCCGACGAUUUGAAUGCACCAGGAAAUUAUACUUAUCAACAAGAACAGAAACAAUCACAAGUUUACAGUGAUGAGGAAGAAGAAGACGAUGAAGAGCUAGAAGACAUCAAGUGUGAAUUGCGGUUCACCAGAGAUAAAACCAUCGAAUCCACUGAACGGACGUUGAGUUUGGCCAAGGAAGCCGAAGAAUCGGGCCAGAACACCAUGGGGAUGCUCGGGUCACAAUCUGCUAGACUAUUCAACGCGGAAAAUAAUUUAGGAUUAGCAGAGACUCUGAAUCGUUUGGGGACAGAAUAUGCUAAAGAGUUGCGAACCGCUGCCAAUGUUUUCAAGGCUCCUCUGAACCCAUUUAAUAAGAAAAAUAAAUUAAGACAGCGUGAAGAAAAACAACGGUCCGAUAUGAUUGCUGAUCAACAGCAGAGUAAUGCUCGUCAAAAAGAAUUCCAAGAUUCUGAACGUCGGGUACGGGAGAAUUUGGGUGGUAGUAAAAAUAAUCCAUACAAUAAUAACCAGGCUCGUGGAUACCAGGCCCCAGAUGAGGCGUACUAUAGUAAAUACUCGUAUGAAGGGGAAGGUAGUUAUGCCAGACAGCAAGAGGAUAAGAUUCAUAACAACUUGAAUGAAAUCCAUGGUUAUGCUAGAAAAUUGAAAACAUUGGCCAAUGCCCAAAGAGAUGAGCUUGAGAGACAAGAUAUAAGAAUGAAAAGUAUGCAACAAAAUCUUGACAAUGUGACGAUUUCUGUUGACCAAAAUACCGCACGUUUAAAGAGAAUAGUUCAUGGAUGA